AUGUUUGCUUUGGUAACAACCAUCUUGAUGUUGACUUCAACUGUUUCGUCGGCCCCAAAAAGUCCUAUAUGUGACGUCACAAAAGAUCCAGACAUCAAGUUUGUGGAUAUCCGGCUGACGAAAACGAAAGUGCCCCCGAUCCUAACCUCCUACGUCUGCCAGGCACAACCGAUCCCCCUGGCGAUGGACGUUGCCUACCAUGCAGUCGCCUUUGAGCCUAUCAUCGAGAACAAGGACGUCGUUCAUCACAUGCUUCUGUUUGGUUGUGAGAAAUCCGUUUCUGAAGACCCCCAUGCUUGUAGCGGUUCCGACAACGUAUGCAGAACUUUCCUCGUGCAGUGGUCGAUGGGUAUACAAGGUCAGAUCUGCAGCCACCCGGACACUGGGGUCAGGUUUGGCCAGGAUUCUCUGCACUCGCUUUCCUUGCAGAUCCACUAUAAUAAUGCCAAACUGGCAGCAGGACUGGCAGAUUCGUCUGGCGUGAGAGUAUACUAUACCACACGUCUGCGCAAGUACGACGCCGGAAAUGUCCAGAUUGGACAGAAUGACCUCCAGAUUCCGCCAGGGGUGGCAGCCUUUCCCCAGUACGGCUUCUGCAGCUCGGACUGUACCAAUAAGUGGUUGCAGCAACCUAUCUACCUCACCCGAGCUCAUAUUCAUAUGCACUACGUUGGUGACGGAGGUCGGCUGGAGCUUGUUCGCAAUGGACAGACAGUUGAAACAAUUAUAAACGAUACUACUACAUUCGACUACAACAAUCCACCAGCUCACUACUUUAGUGACCCAGUCCAGGUGUUGCCAGGCGAUUCGUUGAAGGUGACGUGUUAUUACAACACACGGGACGGGGGCAAGUACAGAAACAGUACCGUCUACUGGGACGAGGGAUCUAGUGGAGAGAUGUGCUAUGCCUUCAUCACAUACUUCCCACGUGUACCGGACUUUGACCAGUGCAUUCAGUUUGACGUCUACGACAUCUGUUCAUCACAUGGAGGGCUAGUGGGUGGAUGCUCCUUCGGAGGCUUCGCCCGAUCCUUCAAGAACAUUCUGGCAGAGAGUAUACUAUCUCACUGCAGCCUCCCUUCAACUAACCAGAACGUGAGCACUAGUGUGGUUCAACAGAAAGCUGACGGCCUUGAUUUGAGGAUCCUCUGUUCGCCGAGUUGCGAGGAGGCAAUCCAACAGAUGACUGGCCAUCCUUGUAUGCAGAACCGCGUGGGUUCGCACAUGAGACGAGUGUAUUUGGCAGCAGUCGACAGUUGGCAGGCCGUCAAAGUCAUCAUCGAUACGGCAGCCAAACAUUGUGCUGAUUAA